AUGUCGGUCAUAAAUAGAGCCUUCCAAUGCACCCUCCAGACUUGUACUCUCGAUCAUGCUAUGGUCCAUUAUGUCCCCACACUGGCUGGGAAUGCUCUGUUUCUCGCGCUCUUCGCCAUUGCGGCGGUAAUUCAUCUGUUCCUGGGUGUGUGGUACCGCACCUACUCCUACUUGUUUGCCCUGGGCUGUGGUCUGCUCCUGGAGAUUAUAGGUUACGCCGGUCGAAUUAGCCUUCACUAUGACCCAUUCUCCUUCAACGCCUUCCUGCAGUACCUGAUUUGCCUCACCAUCGCCCCCGCCUUCAUCUGCGCUGGGAUCUACUUCUGUUUUGGUCGUGUGGUGAUUGAGUACAAUGGGCGCAUUGAUGCCUCGCGUGAAAGACAGAGGUCACCGUCCCGACUGCAGCCCGGCACAUACUCGAAGAUCUUUAUCGCCUGCGAUGUUGUCUGUUUGAUCUUGCAGUCCGCAGGCGGUGCGAUCACGUCCACUGCCGGGAUGUCUAACACCAGCCUAAGAGAUCUUGGGAUCAAUAUCAUGAUUGCUGGUUUGGCGUGCCAGGUGGUCUCGCUGGCGGGAUUUAUCGGCCUCGCGGUGGACUUCGCAAUUCGAGUGCGACGUCAACGGGCGCAGAGGCCGUCAUCACUUCCAUCCGCGGUGUGGGAAGCUGGGUGGAAAUGGAAGGCAUUUUUAACCUGUAAGCGAUGUCCUUGUUUGCCUCCCUCUAUUAGUCUCAUUAUCUUGGAUCGGUAUAUUUUUCGCCCCUUACUUACCCAACUGAUUCCCCAAGCCUUGGUGGUCGCCACUAUCACCAUUUUCAUUCGUUCGUGUUUCCGAGUCGCGGAGCUCAAGGGUGGCUUUGGAAGUGACCUAGCGAAUGAUCAGGUCGCUUUCAUGAUCCUCGAAGGGGCUAUGAUAAUAAUCGCAUGCAGCGCCUUGACAGCCAUCCAUCCGGGGGUGGUGUUCCCGCGGGAGCGCUGGAGUGCGCCCGCCCAGUCGGGUUUGACUCGCGUGGCGAGUCAAUCGAGUCAUAUUGAGAUGCGUCAAGGCCCGGUUGCAUAG